GUCAACUGUCAUUUAAGUUUACAUGUGUUAUAGGUUAUGGAAAAAUAAUAAAACUAAAUAUUUAUAAUAAGUUAGGAAUUUUAAAACAUCAAAAUGGGUAAGAAGAAAAAUAAAAAUAAAGUAAGCGGUGCUGUAAAGACCGCUGCGAAAACAGAGAAGAAGUUAGCAAAUAAGUUAAAAAAGGAACUAGCAAACUUGGGAGAGGAAGAUAUAGCUAAAGUUGUAGCGCAAAUAGAACGGGAAGAAGCGAAGCGUGCGGCGGCUAGUGAGAAAAGUCUACCAGGGCCUCCGAGUGCUAGAGCGUACGCCUCACUGACGCCGCAUCCCACGCUCAAUGAACUUAUAUUAUUUGGUGGUGAAUAUCAUAAUGGCCAAAAGACAGAAGUAUACAAUGAGCUGAUAUUCUACAAUCCGGUAAGCAAUAACUGGCGACAAAUAAAGGCUCCUGGUGCACCUCCACCUCGCAGCGCUCACCAAGCUGUAGCUACACCUGCUAAUAAAGGUGAACUAUGGGUGUUUGGCGGGGAGUUCACAAGCCCUUCAGAGACUCAGUUCUACCAUUACAAGGAUCUGUGGUGUUUCUCACUUGCAGAGAAGAAAUGGGAAAAGGUUGUAGCUCCGAAUGGUCCGUCGGCACGGUCCGGACACCGUAUGUCGCUGGUGGGGCGGCGGCUGCUUGUGUUCGGCGGGUACUGCGAUGACGGCCGCGAGUGUCGCUACCAUGAUGAUCUGUACGCCUUCUCCCUGGAUACUAGGACUUGGGAGAAGAUCACACCUAAUGGCAGAGGGCCCAGUCCAAGAUCAGCCUGUCUUAUGCUACCUGCGGGGAAUGACUCGGUGAUAAUAUACGGUGGUUUCUCUCGCGUGCGUGAGGGUCGUGUGGAGCGCGCGUGCACGCACACGGACAUGUUCCGGCUGAGCUGUGGCGGGGGCGGGGGCGGGGCUGGGGGCGGGGGCGGGGCGUGGCGCGCGCUGGGCGGCGGGGCGCGGCCGGCGCGCGCUGGCCUCGCUGCCGCUGUUAACGUGCACGCUAACAGGGCCUAUGUAUUCGGUGGCGUUAAUGAUGUAGAAGAGACAGAAGAAGAGCUUAAAGGUGAAAUGAGCGACGACCUGUCCGUAUUGGAUUUGGAGACAGCGCGCUGGCAUGCUGUCACGCUGCGCUCCGAGCAGCCACGCCCACCUGUGGUACCAGACACGCCCAUCGAGCAGCCGUGCCCGGAACCCGUCACAGUGAUAACGGACGAGGUGUUCACAAUAAAGCUGGGUGGUGCGGUGGCGGAGGCGGGGGCGGGGGCGGGUGCGGGGGCGGAGCGCGGUGUGUGCGGGGCGGGGCGCGCGGGGGGCGGGCCGUGCGCGCGCAUGUCGGCGGCGCUGGCGGCGCACCGCUCCGUGCUGUAUGUGUACGGCGGCGUGCUGGAGAAGGAUGACAAGCAGUUCUAUCUCGGAGAUAUGUACAGUCUAGAUCUACAUAAGCUAAACGAGUGGAAGACGAUAAUCUCCCAGCCGGAGUUGCCGGACUGGCUCGGCUCAGACUCAGAGUAUGACUCUGACGGAUCUGACGACGAGUCUGACAGUGAUGAUUCUGACGAACAAUAAACCAGUGAAAGUGUCAGUGAUAAGUGUUAAAGUGUUUAAAAUAGUUACACAAACAUUUUACGCAUAUAAUUUAUAAGAAUAAGGGCAUGUCCCACAAAAUUGU